CAUUAGAAAUGUAAAAAAAAACAAUGUUAGUCAUUUCAAGUUUUCACUUUGCCGUCCAUAAAGCACGGGCAGACAUCCUAGUAUAAAUAAAUAGAAAGUGUUAGGGUUAAGGGAUUAGUUUAAUCGCUUUGGUCGCUCCAAGAGAGAAGAAUAUACAGAGAAAAAAAGGUUAGACGACAGUUGUUCCUUGCGGCUAUGGCGGCGUUGAAUAUUUAAGACGGUGUCUCCGACGACUUUGACUACGAAAAAUGGGCUCCAAUCACCAAAACCAGACUCAUGGAGGAUGAAGUUUGGGAAGCCGCUCAAACCGGAGUCUCCCCAAAUCCAACGAAGAUCCCAGCCUUAGCGGCUAUAGUGUAGAGGCGGAAGCUUAAAAGAAAAGAGAUGAGCUCUGUUUUGGGGUUUGAAAAACAGAGUAUCGUAAGAUAGGGGAAACGAGAUCGUGGUGUGUAAGGAACGAGGGUGGAGACGGAGAUGCGGUGGAGACGAUGGUGUAACGAGACGUAACCUGCGGGAGUCCUCCUCCCAGGGCUUAGACAAGCUCUUUUGGGGAAUUUAAAUUGCCUCUUUUUGGGGUUUUCUUAUUCACUUCAAAUCAAUGAUGUUGAUACAAUGACUUGAGACUCUAUUUAUAAGGCCAAAACGAAAAGAUACGAUCUAAUCCUAACUCUAAUGUGAUAAACAUGUGAGACUUAUCACAAAUAGAAGAAAAACCAAAACCCAAACGUAAAUAAUAAAAAGACUUGUGGAACACGCAACACAACACCGACUCAUGUGUUCCACAUUUGACAAACACCAAACGAUGGACUGCAUCAGGCUACAAUUAAGUCCGUAGAUCUCGCACUAUGGAGAAACCGUGUUAACAAAGACAACAAAGCGCUGAGGAUAAUGCAAUCAUCUCUCCCUGAUUCGGUUUUCAGGAAAACAAUCACGGUCGCUUCGUCCAAGGAACUUUGGGAUUUGCUCUACAAAGGUAACGGUACGGAAGAAGCUAAGAUACGUAGGUUAGAGAAGCAGUUGGAAAAUCUUGUGAUGGAUGAAGAAGAACAUAUGGAUUUGUACUUGAAGAGAGUUACGAAAAUCAUUGAAGGGUUUUACAUUCGGGGAAAAGAACCCUUCAAUGACGAUGAUAAGCUUGUCACCAAGCUGAUAGCUUCGCUGCCAGAGCAAUACGAGGAUUGUAUUCCUCUGUUGGAGGAGUUCAUGACUCUGCCUGAUUUGACUUCUCGCGAUCUUCUCCAUGUUUUUGAAAAGUAUGGUGAUGAUCCUAGAACUAUGCCUGAGGAGAUAAAGAAAUUCAUUGACUUUCUUAGAAAAGCCUGGGCUGAGCGGAUGUGGUGUGACAUGUGCCAGAGCGACAAUCAUAACGAAGAAGACUGUUAUUACAAACCUAAGGUAGUGAACGUGAACAGUGGAGCCACUCAACAUAGAGGGCAAGUUUGCAGUGCCGCAACACAACAACAUUCUCAGAUGCAUCAAAAGAAGAUCCAAAAACCCGAGCAUCUAAUGUUAGCGGUACCUGUUGCUGGUUUGACAUAUGAUAUGAAUAUGUGGUUGGUACACACCGCUACCACGAAUCACAUGACUCCAUAUGAGAAGUUUUUCACGACUUUGGACCGAUCGUACAGAGCUAGGGUUGGACUGGUGGACGGGAGUGUGAUCAUGACACAAGGGAAAGCAGAUGUCAUGUUUAUGACCAAGGGAGUGAAGAAGAGGAUCAGGAAUGUGCUUUUUGUUCCCGGGAUCAACAAAAACGUGUUGAGUGUUAGUCAGAUGACUGCUGACGAAGGCGGUUCAGUAAUGAUGGAUGGAGUUAAAUGCAUUAUUAAGAAUGAAGGUGGCAAAGUAUUUGGAGAAGAUUGGGUGGAUGAGAGGAGAGGAUAUGUUAUGCGUUUGCAGGUGAUUAAAGAAGGUAUUAGGCAUUAGACGUAUCAGUCUUUUAUGUGGUCGAUUCUGUUUUCAAGUUUCUUUGUCUAAGAAGAAUAAGAAAGCUAAAUAACAUUCAGCUGCUGCUGUAGUAUGAAUUAGUCUAGUCAG